AUGUUCUCAAGGUCUGGAUUUUAUUUCACCAAAAAUUCAACUGUUUUAACUUCUUUAGCUCGUCAUCCAUCAUGUAAACCAAAUAUAAUAUGUAAUAAAGUAUCACAAUCAUCAUCAUUAACAUCACAAUUAAGACAAUUUAAAUUUAAUAAUUUUUUAAAAUUCUUUGGAUUGAAAAGAUCAUAUUCUACAAUUGCUUCAUCCCCCAUAUCGACAAACCUAAAGAAUUCAAGAAUAAAAAAUUCAAACUUUAUAACACCACCAAAAUCAGUCGGGUACUGGUUAAUCGGUACAUCAACAUUAAUAUUUGGAAUAGUUGUAUUAGGUGGAUUGACAAGAUUGACAGAAUCAGGAUUAUCUAUAACUGAAUGGAAACCGGUUACUGGUUCAAUCCCACCAUUGACUCAAGAAGAUUGGAUAGAAGAAUUUAAUAAAUAUAAGGAUUCACCUGAAUUUAAACAAUUAAAUUCUCAUAUAACAUUAGAAGAAUUUAAAUUUAUAUUUUUUAUGGAAUGGUCACAUAGAUUAGUAGGUAGAGCCAUUGGAUUGUUUUUUAUAGUGCCAGCUUUAGUGUUUUGGUCAAGAAAUAAAUUCAGUCCCAGAUUAACUAAACGAAUAAUUGGUCUUAGUGGAUUAUUAGGAUUACAAGGAUUUAUUGGUUGGUGGAUGGUUAAAUCUGGUUUAGAUGAAGAAGAAUUAAAAGAUCGUAAAUCCAAACCAACAGUUUCUCAAUAUAGAUUAACUACUCAUUUAGGUGCAGCUUUCUUAAUGUACUUGGGUGUAUUAUACAUCGCAAUUGAGAUCUUACAAGAGAAUAAAAUUAUCAAGUCAAUACGAAGUGGUAACCCGGAAAAGAUUGCAUUUGUUGAAAAAUUAAUAAAUCAAUUAUCAAGCCCAGCAAUUAAAAAAUUUAGAUACAUGAGUUAUGGAUUAUUAAUAUUAACUUUUAUAACUGCAAUGUCAGGAGGUAUGGUUGCAGGAUUAGAUGCUGGAUUAAUUUAUAAUACAUUUCCACACAUGGGAGAAGAUUGGAUACCUUCAAAAAAUGAAUUAAUGGAUCCUGUAUUUGCAAGACAAAAAGAUGAAUCAGAUUUAUGGUGGAGAAAUCUUUUAGAAAAUCCAACUACUGUUCAAUUAAUUCAUCGUAUAAUGGCAACUACAACUUUUUUCACAAUUUUAGCAGGUCAUGUAUAUUGUAACAGAAAUAAGAACAUAGUCCCAAAAUCAGCAAAUAAAAUGAUGAAAAUAAUGAUGGGUUUUUUAACAUUACAAGUUACUUUAGGUAUAACUACAUUGAUUUAUUUAGUCCCCAUUCCAUUAGCAGCUGCUCAUCAAGCUGGUGCUUUAGCUUUAUUAACUACCUCAUUGGCUUUUGUUGCAAGGUUAAGAAAACCAAGACCUGAAUUUGUUUCUUAUAUUAAUAAACUCAUGAAAGAUCAAUUAUUAAAACCAAAAAGAAUAGUGUAA